AGCCGUCAACAAACUCCCCCCCCACCCUGCAAGAAGAUUUCCGUUCACUUUUUGUUGUGAAAAUUUUCGUGUUCGUAGAAAGUUUACCGUAGGUGGAAAAUAUGGUGCGUAAAGUGUCGCUAAGUUAAUGAAGUAAAAAGUGGAACGAUCGGCAAUGUGAUUCGAUUUUGGGAAGAAGGGACAGGACUUUGCGUUGUGCUGUGCAUACACGGUGGCAUAAAUCUGUUCCAUAGCAUCGCAAAGGGAGGCAGGGAGCUGCUCCAAGAUUGGUCUGCACUCUGAUCGAUUGUGGGAAAUCCCACUUUGUCGUCAGGAAAAAUGGCCUACACGAACAACGUUGGAGAUAUAGUGCACCUGAACGUUGGCGGUACAAGAUUUUCCACUUCGAGACAAACGCUAACUUGGGUUCCGGACACCUUCUUCACCUCCCUGUUGAAUGGGCGCAUAUCUAGUUUGCGAGAUGAAACGGAUGCUAUUUUCAUCGAUCGGGAUCCGAAGCUAUUUAGCUUGGUACUGAACUACCUGCGAACGAAGGAAAUCGAUAUCAAGUCGGUCGACAUUCGGGUGCUUCGCCAUGAGGCCGAGUUUUACAAUAUUGCCCCCCUGAUCAAACGGCUGAUGCUGUGCGAAGAGAUGGAUCAGUCUAGUUGCGGUGAUGUUCUGUUCUAUGGCUAUCUUCCCGCUCCAAAUAUUCCCAUUCAAGAAAUUUCCAACGGCUCAUCCGGCUCGUCCGGUAGCUCGAUCAGUGCGGGAACAGCCACCACAGGCUCGUACACGUCGGCCACAAGCUCUUCAACGCAGCAGGGCAAAUCGGAUUCGAUGCCGGGUCCGUCGAGCAGUCAGCAGAGACAUCAGCAACCAAAUUCAAAUGCAACAGCUCCGCCAUCCUACAACCCCACAGGGUCGGCCGCCGGUCCCGGCAGCAUUUGUCAAUCCAAUCCGCGCCCCGGAUCGAUGGUUCGGGUUCCGGAACUAUCCCAAGGCGCACCGGGUCCCUCCACCAGCGGCAGUGGCGGAAAUGGCGGUGUAGGAGCAGCAGGCACAUCUGGCAGUAGCGGAGGAGGCGGGAAUGGUGGAGCCGGUAGUGGGGGCAGUGGCUCUUCGCGGCAUGCCGGUCACUCGCGCAAUUCGUCCUGGGAUUUGCGCGUUUCCUACAGCGGCAAUGGCAACCGCAACUCCCAGUGGAUGCCAGGCCAUUCGCGCACGGCCUCGCUUGAUAUGAUGCGCCAUUCGCGCAACUCAUCCGUAGACCUGAACAAAUACAUACGGAACGAGGUGGGCCUGCUCUUUGGCCCCGGCACUACGGGCGCGGGCUGGGCCGAUCCGAUGCGGGUGCAGAUCAUCAAGGCGCACCACAACUGGAUCUCCGUAGCGUACGCACACUUCGUGACGUGCUAUCGGUUGAAGGAUUAUUCCGGCUGGCAGCAGAUCUUCGUGUCGCCGUACAUCGAAACUACGAUCGAGCGGAUCGCAAUCAACGCGAAGAUGAAUCUGGCCACUUCUGCGGGCGAACAGUCGCACAGCAAGAUGGUAGCAAUCUCGUACGGCAGCCAAAUUCGGCUGUGGGGAAUCUCGGAGGACGGCAGCAAGGCCGAGGUGGGCACGUUUAAUUUGCACGUGCGCGUGGAGUAUUUGUUCUUCAUUGGCAGCCAGCUGGUUGCGUUGUCGUCGUCCGGCAAGAUCGGCGUUUGGCAUGCGAUGACGCAGCACUGGCAGAUACAGGAUCUCGUUCCGAUACUUUCGUUCGAUACGGCCGGUUCCUUUUUGCUGCUGGGCUGCAACAACGGUUCGAUCUACUACAUCGAUAUGCAAAAAUUCCCACUGCGUAUGAAGGACAACGAUCUACUGGUGACAGAGCUGUACAAGGACCCUUCGAACGAUCACAUCACCGCCAUCUCGGUGUAUCUAACUCCGAAAACAACAACCGCGGAUCGGGUGAAGGAAGGCCUUUCGGGGAACUGGAUCGAAAUUGCGUACGGUACGCGAUCCGGCUCGGUGCGUGUCAUUGUUCAGCAUCCCGAAACGGUCGGGCACGGGCCUCAGCUAUUUCAAACAUUCACCGUACACCAAAGCCCGGUGACGAAGGUGACUCUGUCGGAGAAGUUUUUAAUUUCGGUAUGCAGCGAGUACAAUCACGUGCGUACCUGGCAGGUGCCCCGGUUUCGAGGCAUGAUCUCCACUCAACCCGGCUCGACACCAGAAGCAUCGUUUAAGAUCGUUUCACUGGAAGCCGUUGAUUCGACGUUUAGCUAUUCGGCCGGGAACGAUUUCGGUCCGUUCGGCGAACAGGACGACGAGCAGAUAUUCGUGCAAAAGGUCGUCCCUGAUACGGACCAACUGUACGUUCGGCUGGCCUCGAAUGGGGAUCGCGUUUGUUUGAUCAGAUCCGUGGACGGUACCACAAUAACAUCGUUCUGCGUGCAUGAAUGCGAGGGAUCGCGGAUGGGUUCGAGACCGCGCCGGUUCAUCCUGUCCGGCCACUGUAACGGUGCAAUACAGAUGUGGGAUCUCACGACUGCGCUGGAAAUUUCGAAAAAGAAGGAUCAACCCAAGCGCACCGUCGGUGGACCGACGGCCGACGAGCUGAUCCGAGAGUUGGACCAGUGCGACCUAAGCAAUAGCCACUGCUCGACGCCCUGCAUGUCACCCUGCCCGUCAGCAUUUUCGGGCAGCAUGAUGGAGGCGAACACUGUCGGACGACUGAAACCGUUCAAUGUGGCUUUCUUGAAUCAGUCAGCGGCAGCGGCAGCCGCAGCCAUGGGACUCGGUGGACCACAGGCUGUGCCGGCGCAGGGUCCGGGAGCGAUGGGAGCGGCUGGUGCUGGAGCGGCUGCUGCUGCUGCUCCGCAACAACCGGCAUUGGCUGCUCAGCAACCUAAUCAACCAAACUGAUCUCUAUUCCACCGGCGGAGGGACAUUUGAGAGUGGUUCCUGUGUUGUUAUCUCGAGGUGGAAUUUUAGCCGAGGGAUGGAAGGUGGCGAAUGGUAAAGCCUCACCGUCCUUCCAUGCCCAAACGCAGUGUUUAAGCUAUGCAAGAAGUCCUUAUAGCUAAUAGGUAAUUUUCUCCCAUUCUCAGAUCUACAAAACUCUCACGCGAUAAACGUUGUGCGUUCAAGUUCAUGUUCUAUGAGUCAGUGGAAGGAUUUUUUUUCUCAGCACACGCUCUUGCCCAACAGGGGCGCCAGCAUGCUUUCCGUUGCAAAUCUAUUGUUUAUUGUGCUGUUUAACGCGUAACGUCAAAUAUCGCCUGUUUAGAGGUUCGAUUACAAUUAUGUUUAAACUAAUGAAGCGAGUUAGGCCGAGCAGGUGAACGGAUAUAUUUUUGUAUAAUAAAUUUUACUGCAAUAUAACUGAA